AAUUGGCCGGUCCGAUUGUAGGAGGCGGGCUGCUGGCCAUGUGACCUGUUGACGUAGCCGGUGUCAUGGCGCUGCCCUGUGUAGGGAAGUGAUGGUGAUGGAGAGGUUCUAAAUUAUUCCCAUCCUAUGUAUGUAUCUGACUGAUCUAUACAUCCGAAGAUGCCAGAAAUUAAGGUUACCCCACUGGGCGCUGGUCAGGAUGUUGGACGCAGCUGCAUCCUGGUGUCUAUAGGAGGGAAGAAUGUCAUGCUGGAUUGUGGAAUGCACAUGGGAUUCAAUGAUGAUAGACGGUUUCCAGACUUCUCUUACAUCACGCAAAAUGGUCGUCUCACAGAGUUCCUGGAUUGCGUUAUCAUAAGCCACUUCCACCUGGAUCACUGUGGAGCCCUGCCUUACAUGAGUGAAAUGGUUGGUUUUGAUGGCCCCAUUUACAUGACUCACCCCACCAAGGCCAUCUGCCCCAUCCUGCUGGAAGAUUACAGGAAGAUCACUGUGGACAAGAAAGGGGAAACAAACUUCUUUACAUCUCAAAUGAUUAAAGAUUGCAUGAAGAAAGUGGUAGCUGUCAACCUCCAUCAGACUGUGCAGGUUGACGAUGAGUUGGAAAUUAAAGCCUACUAUGCCGGACAUGUACUGGGUGCUGCCAUGUUCCAAAUUAAAGUUGGCUCUGAGUCUGUUGUCUAUACUGGAGAUUACAACAUGACCCCAGAUCGGCAUUUAGGAGCUGCCUGGAUUGACAAGUGUCGCCCUGACUUGCUUAUUAGUGAAUCCACAUAUGCUACAACUAUCAGAGACUCAAAACGUUGUAGAGAAAGAGACUUUUUGAAGAAGGUCCAUGAGUCUGUAGAGAAGGGUGGAAAGGUUCUCAUUCCUGUGUUUGCUCUGGGGAGAGCUCAGGAACUCUGCAUCUUGUUGGAAACCUUCUGGGAACGGAUGAACUUGAAAGCCCCAAUUUACUUCUCUACGGGUCUGACAGAGAAAGCCAACCAUUAUUAUAAGCUCUUCAUUACCUGGACCAAUCAGAAGAUCAGAAAGACCUUUGUACAGAGGAAUAUGUUUGAGUUUAAACACAUCAAGGCCUUUGACAGAUCAUUUGCAGAUAACCCGGGGCCAAUGGUGGUUUUUGCAACUCCUGGAAUGCUGCACGCCGGACAGUCCUUGCACAUUUUCCGUAAAUGGGCAGGCAAUGAAAAGAACAUGGUGAUUAUGCCGGGUUACUGUGUGCAGGGCACAGUGGGUCACAAGAUCCUGAGUGGGCAACGCAAGCUUGAGAUGGAAGGUAGACAGACACUGGAGGUGAAGAUGCAGGUAGAGUAUAUGUCAUUUAGUGCCCACGCUGAUGCUAAAGGAAUCAUGCAGCUGAUCCGCCAGGCAGAGCCAAGAAACGUGCUACUGGUGCAUGGAGAGGCCAAAAAGAUGGAGUUUCUCAAGCAGAAAAUUGAGCAAGAGUUCCAUAUCCAGUGCUUUAUGCCCUUUAAUGGGGAGACAUCCACUAUUGCUACCAACCCCAACAUUCCUGUUGACAUUUCCCUGGGAUUACUGAAGAAAGAGACCGCUCUAAAUCUUGUGCCAGAUUGUAAGAAGCCCAGGCUGAUGCAUGGAACCCUUAUCAUGAAAGAUAAUAGCCUUCGUCUGGUGUCCCCAGAACAAGCACUGAAGGAGAUUGGCCUUAGUGAACACCAACUCAGGUUUACUUGUAGAAUUCAUAUUCAGGAUCCACAUAAGGAGCCGGAGACUGUACUGCGGAUAUACAACCACCUGAAAAGUGUACUGAAGGAUCGUCUGGUACAGCACCUCCCCGAUGGCUCCAUUAUGGUGGAAUCAAUCCUUCUUCAAGUCUCCACCAAUACUGAUGACCCCGGCACAAAGGUGCUGCUUGUAUCCUGGACCUACCAGGAUGAAGAACUGGGAAGCUUUUUGACGUCUCUGUUAAAGAAAGGCUUGCCACAAGGCACAAGCUAGGUGGCCGGAGAAAGUAUCAUGACACGGAGAUGUCGGGACUAUAACGCCUCCUUGGUACCCGGCAGAAGAUUCCUGUGUAUGCAACAGAGCUGAGGAGGAAAUAUUACUGUGGCUUUCUGUGAACUGUCUUAACACAAACCCGAGUGUAGACUCCAUAUUAGAUAUGGAGGACAGUGCAGGAUUUAUGUGCUUGGCACUGCGCUUUUAUUUUUAUUAUAAAAUAAAACCUUUUGUACCUGA